AUGAAAAACAAAUUACAAAAACACAUUAAUUAAAUUACAUUAAAUAAUCUGGGAAAAAAUCGAAAUCUAGCGAUAUAAAAAAAUACAGAAUUGUUUAUAUAGGCCUAUCAAAAGGAAAUUAUUUCACUUUACAAUCAGCCAUUUCAUUCUGUAAAAGUAUUGAAAGCCUUUCAUCAGAAAUAUACAUAUAAAAUUGUUAUAUUCAAAGGGAUUUUUUUUUUUGAUUUCAUUAUAUCAUUAAAUCAGGUUUUUAUCAAAAUGCUAUCUGUACGUUAUGUACAGUGAUGUAAUACCCUCCAUAUCACAGUACAUUAAUAUACUGCUGUAGUUUUUCUAUUUUUAAAAAUGUGUAUAACACAAUAAGAACAAAAAAAUCAUUUUCAUCCUGAAAUUGGUCAACAAAAGACUAAAUUAUGUGGUUUUGUGAUCGCCAUCCGACGAAACAUCUUUUUAAUCAUGAAGUAUAUAAUCUGGUUUUACCCAUGUGAGAGAUAUUCUACUACUUUGUAGAUUUUGUGGUUUUAAGCAGCCUUUUCUCUGGUACUGAAAAUGAAAAUACUCUAUAGACUAUAAUAUGAAAUUAUUGCAUGGACGGAGUAUGGUUUUUGACAAUCGUACCGAUUUUUUAGGCGGUUAAGUUUAAAAAUGGAGGGCAGUCAAUUGAAUUUUUUACAGUUGAUCGAUCAGUAAUCCCACAAUUCCUCCUUUUGAUCUCUGACAGAGGAAGGUAAUACUGGGGUCCAUAAUAAAUAAAUACCACUGUCAUGAAUUAGGUUAUGUAACGUUAUUAUUUAAUAUUUAUACGUUCACUGUGCGUACAGAUAUGAAUACUGCAAUGAUAUCAGCUUAAACUUGGGCUUAAACUACCACGUAUAGUACAUGAAGGGUAUCACCUAUUCAAAUACACCUCAACAGAUAAUCAGCACUCAGAACGGCCAUUUACGCAUGACCAGUCAGAUCAACAAUAGAUAGCAACCCUUUUGUGCGUCAACAUGCCGUUUCAGUUGUAGUUGAUUCUUUCCAUAUAUGGAUCCAACACAAUUUUUUGCUCGACCCCCUUGAAAUCGCCCAAUAUUUUGCCUGUGGGGCUGGUGAAGUUGUGAAUAAACUUUCCCAUAACUAAGCCUUCCCAUAACUAAAAGUCUUUUAGGCUUGUUAAAGGUAAAUGGUCCGUACCAAAAACGGUCCGGUGGACCAGCACAUUCUUGUCAAAUUGGCCAGUUCGUGUGGAUAUUUUUUUUUUUUUGCUGGCCGUUAUGCCUAAUCAGUAUCGGAUUGUAGUGUAAUAUCUUGAGGGACUGACUUGAAUUACGGUAUUCUUUGCGGUUGGACACAGAUGUCAUUAUUAUAGUAGAGACUUAUAAUUAUAUAGGCCUAAUUAUCAUAGGCCCUAUGGAGAGAGCAAUAUAUUUCCUAUUGAACAGGUUCCCCAGUAUAAAGAAUAAAGAAAAUAAAUAUAUACAAAAUAGUAAAAUGAUAGAAACAGUGUUUAAAUAGGCCUAUGGGAUGAUAUAUUGUAGGCCUAUAUUAUUAUAUUUUAAUUAAAAUUCUGAUUGAUGAUAGAUACUUGACAGUCAUCAAUAAUUUGUAUUAUAUUUAAUUGGGUAAAUAAUAUAAUAAGUACAUAACGGCACUGCAAUAACUUCGCAAAUUGUUGUGUUUUAGGAUGGUAUACCAAACUUUUAUUCUGGGCUUAUCUUCAUGGCUUGUACUACUCGCCGUCAUAAUCAUCACGUGGGUGUACAACGCGCGUCGACCACCUGGAAUGCCACUUGGACCUUUCCCAUAUCCAAUCAUAGGAAACAUGUUUGCUCUUAUAGGAGAUAUACCAUCUCAUAAGGCUUUCAAGCAUAUGUCAGAAAAAUAUGGAAAUGUAUUUUCCAUAAAACUUGGAUCGUAUUGGGCCGUCGUCGUUAACAACUAUGAGUUAGUACACGAGGUGUUGCUAUCAAAGCCCAAGGAUUUCAGUGGACGUCCACUUUCAUUCAUAAAUGAUUGGUUUACGGAUGGUAAACAAUAUAUCGCCAUGGCCCAGCCUACUCCAAUUUGGAAGUAUCAUCGCAUGCUGGCUCACUCAGCUAUCAGACAAUUUGCGUCUGGCGAAUAUCUGGAAAGUCUUAGUGAACAAACCAGACCGAUUUUAAAGAAAGUUAUGGCGAAGCAGUUGAAAGGACCUUUUGACCCCAGUGAUGUAAUUGGUUUUGCUGUUUACAACGUCAUCGCCUCCAUGUGCUUUGGCCACAGGUAUGAUGUGGACGAUCCAAGACUGAAACAAAUUGUGGAAACCUCAACAAAUGUCAUCAAAGGAUUUGGUAAUGGAUGGACCGCAGAUUUUCUUCCAUGGUUUCGCUUCGUACCAAAUCCAUAUUUCUACAAAUUUAAAAAAUAUGCUAAUCAUUUUUUUUCGGUGAUAUUAAAGGAAGUUGAAUCGCAUGUUAAAAACUUUGAUCCAGAUCGUCCAGCCAAAGAUUUGAUUGAGCUUCUGCUGAAAACUCAAGAGGAAACUGAAGUCGAGGGGAACGUGGAUGCCAAAAAUAGAUUAACUAAUCUGCACUUAAAGCACAUCAUAGCGGAUUUAUUCCUUGGUAGGCUUAUGUGCAAAUAGUUGUCGUCUCUGUC